CUCUUCCUCUCCACAAACAGUUGAAGUACUAUAAAAAAUGUCAUUUAAUUUGAUUGAACCAUUAUUGUUCCCUCAUACUCAUUCCUAGUAUUAUUCUCUUCUUUGCACUUUUCUCUUAUGUCACUGCCAUUAAUUCCUAGCAAUUGAACCACAUAACACUCUCAUUUUUUAACUCUUACUCUCUUAGGUCACUGCAAUUAAUUCAAAGCAUUUAUUCUCUUGGAUUAUUUCACCAAAGAUAGCUCAUUUUUUUUUAUUUUUUUUUUUUAAUUUUAUUAUUAUUUCACCCUUAUAACUACUUUCUAAAGGUAUAUAUAUAUAAUAUAUAUUGAGGAAGAAGUUUGAGUGGUUCUUUAGAGAAUUAGAUGGCUGGUGGUGGGGGUGGUGGAAGAUCGUUGGAGGAAACGCCGACAUGGGCGGUUGCCGUAGUUUGUUUUGUAUUGGUUGCAAUUUCAAUUGUGAUUGAGCAUAUUAUCCACCUCAUUGGAAAGUGGUUGAAGUCUAAAAAUAAAAGUGCCUUGUAUGAAUCACUUGAAAAGAUCAAAGCAGAGCUUAUGCUGCUGGGAUUCAUAUCAUUGUUGCUAACAGUAGGACAAAGUCCAAUUUCCAACAUAUGUGUAUCAGAAAAAAUUGGAAAUUCAUGGCAUCCAUGUAGUAAGCAAAAAGAAGAAGAUGCAAUUAAAGGUGAAGAAAUUCCAGAUGACUCAUCAGAGCAACACCGCCGGAGACUUCUUGUGGAAGCUGCCGGUGGCGGCGUUCGGCGAAUGUUGGCUGCUGGUGGGGAGGACAAAUGUGCAGCCAAGGGAAAAGUACCAUUUGUGUCUGCUGAUGGCAUUCAUCAAUUACACAUUUUCAUAUUUGUGCUGGCUGUUUUUCACGUUCUCUACUGUAUAUCCACUUUGGCUUUGGGAAGAGCUAAGAUGAGAAGUUGGAAGUCGUGGGAAAAUGAAACCAAAACAGCUGAAUACCAAUUUGCUCACGAUCCUGAGAGGUUUCGGUUUACCAGAGAAACAUCAUUUGGUAGAAGGCACUUGAGCUUUUGGACCAAAAAUCCUGUCCUACUUUGGAUUGUUUGUUUCUUCAGGCAAUUCGUAAGAUCUGUCCCAAAAGUUGAUUACUUAACACUAAGGCAUGGAUUUAUCGCGGCGCAUUUGGCACCUCAAAGCCACCAAAAAUUCGAUUUCAGGAAUUACAUCAAACGAUCACUUGAAGAAGAUUUCAAAGUGGUCGUAGGAAUCAGCCCUCCAAUAUGGUUCCUCGCUGUGUUGUUCUUACUCUUCAAUACUCAUGGCUGGUAUUCCUAUCUCUGGCUACCAUUCAUCCCCUUGAUUGUGAUAUUGUUAGUAGGGACAAAGCUACAAGUGAUAAUAACAAAGAUGGGGCUAAGGAUUUCAGAAAGAGGAGAAGUAGUGAAGGGUGUACCUGUGGUUCAGCUAGGGGAUCACCUUUUUUGGUUCAACCGUCCUCGUCUCAUUCUUUUUCUCAUUAACUUUGUCCUAUUUCAGAAUGCUUUCCAAUUGGCCUUCUUUGCUUGGACUUGGUAUGAAUUCGGGUUGAAAUCUUGUUACCACGACCAUACUGAGGAUAUCGUCAUCAGAAUAACUAUGGGGGUUCUCAUUCAGAUUCUAUGCAGUUAUGUUACCCUUCCUCUUUAUGCCCUUGUAACACAGAUGGGAUCAAACAUGAAAUCAACCAUCUUCAAUGAAAGAAUAGCAACAGCAUUGAAGAAUUGGCACCACACAGCAAAGAAACAUGUUAAGGAUCAAAGCAAGCAUUCUAAUACAGCGACACCAAUGUCAAGUAGGCCAGGGACACCUUCUCAUCAUGCCAUGUCACCGGUGCAUUUAUUGCGUGGAGCUCACUACAGGAGUGAUAUGGGGAGCCCACAGAACUCGCCUCGUAGAUCUAACUACGAGGUUGAUCAUUGGGAGAUGAACGAGGUGGGCUCGCCUUCACCCUCCCCGUUUUACCAGGAGGCUCAUGAUGGCUCAUCGUCAUCCUACAUGCACAAAAUUCAACUUGGUCAGUUGGAACAUGACUCGUCAGAAGUUAUUGGACCUAGCUCGUCACAAGUGGUUCCUCUGCCACUACAAGAGGAUUGCGAACAACGUGAGAUUACUAUUGUUGGAUCAAGAGAGUUUUCAUUUGAGAAAAGAACGAGUAUAUAGAUGAUUUAACAGGCAUAUUCUAGAUUAUUUUAUUGAUUUACACUUGAUUUAAGAGAAUGACAUGUAAAUUUGAUCCUGAUUGAAGCAUUGUACAAUUUAUGCACGGUGUAAAUCUCUCAUGUAAUUAGGGGAUCUAGAAAUGGAUCUGAGAAUUCUGCUAAAUGCAAAUAAGGCAUUGAAUUUCGGUUUA